AUGACGAGGAAGAACGACAUCCCAGCGAUUGUCGUUUUUUCUGUGUCUUUGAUGUUCUUGCUUUGUAAUUGUCCGAGUAUGUUAUUGGCCCAGAAAAGUAGUAAUGGUGGGAAAAUAAUAGGAGUGAAAGUUGGGGUGAUUCUGAACUUGGAGACUGAUUUUGGGAAGAUGGGGCUGAGCUGCAUCAAUAUGGCUCUUUCUGAUUUCUACACCUCCAAUCCUGCCUUCACAACCAGGCUUCUCCUCCAUACCAGGAACUCCAAAUCCGACGUCGUUGAAGCUGCUGCUUCAGCUUUGGAUCUAAUAAAAAAUGUUAAAGUCGAAGCCAUUCUAGGCCCAGAAACAUCAAUGCAGGCCCACUUCGUAAUUGAACUCGGUGACAAAGCCCAAGUGCCCAUCAUAACAUUCUCCGCGAAAAGCCCAUCUCUCACUUCUCUCCGAAGCUCAUACUUCUUCCGAGUAGCCGCAAACGACUCGUCUCAGGUGGAAGCCAUAGCUGCCGUCGUCAAAGCUUUCGGAUGGAGAGAAGUAGUGCCCAUCUACGUCGACAACGAGUACGGCGAGGGAAUCAUUCCUUACUUGACCGAUGCUUUACAAGACGUCGAUGCCCAAGUACCGUACCGGAGUGUGAUCCCUCCGACCGCCACAGACGACCACAUUUCCGCCGAGCUCUACAAGCUCAUGACAAUGCAGACAAGGGUCUUCGUCCUUCAUAUGUUGCCGGCUCUUGGGUACCGAAUCUUUGCCAUGGCCGAGAAGAUUGGUAUGAUGGCUGAUGGUUAUGUUUGGAUAAUGACUGAUGGGGUUGCUGAUUUUCUGGGCUCAGCCAAUUCAACUGUUCUCGAUUCGAUGCAAGGAGUUUUGGGGUUGAAAACCCAUGUCCCUAAAACGAAGGAGCUUCAGAAUUUUGCGGUUCGCUGGAGAAAAAAAUUUCAACGUGAAAAUCCCACCAUUGUUAACCCUCCUUUGGUGACUUUUGGGCUUUGGGCUUACGACGCCGUUUUCGGAUUGGCCAAGGCAGUUGAGGAGAUUGGGAAAGCAUCGAACUUUAGCUUCAAAAGGGUGAAUGUUUCGAGUGAUAACAACUCUACUGAUUUGGGAUCGUUUGGGGUGUCUCAGACUGGUCCGGAACUUGUUCAAGCGUUAUCGAAGAUGACGUUUAAAGGGCUUUUGGGUGAGUUUAAACUCGUUAAUGGGCAGCUGCAAACUUCGACUAUUGAGAUCAUCAACGUGAAUGGAAGUUGUUGA